AUGUCCUCUGCCACCCCGACCGCCCUGAUCUCUGGUGUGGUGGCUGCAAUCAAGCAGGAAAACGUGCUGGCAGACGUGCUCUCUGGCAUCAGGGUGCCCGAGAAGGCAGCCCGGGAAUGCUGCAUGCCGCCUUUUGCCAGGAAGCAGGAGGAGGACAACGGCCCUGUCUUUAACAGAUGCAGAGCCUCCUUCUCUUUCUUUUCCAUCUUGCUGCCGUUAGAGAGACAAGUGUUUGAUUUCCUGGGAUACCAAUGGGCUCUUCUCGCCAAUUUCCUCCACAUAAUCAUUGUCAUCCUUGGCCUGUUUGGUACAAUCCAGUACAGGCCACGCUACAUCGUGGUGUAUGCCAUCUGGACAGCCAUCUGGGUCACUUGGAACAUCUUCAUCAUCUGCUUUUAUUUGGAGGUUGGCGGACUUUCGAAGGACAGUGAGCUCUUGACCUUUAACAUCUCCCGGCACCAGUCCUGGUGGAGUGAAAACGGUCCUGGAUGUGUAAGGAAGGAGACUCCCAUGGUUGGCCUCAAGGGCUUGGACAGCCACUCCUACGUCUCCGUGAUCGGUUGCGCUUUGGAAUAUCGCUACAUCGAGGUCAUGCACAGUGCAAUGCAGAUUCUGGUGGCGCUGGUGGGCUUCGUCUAUGCCUGUUACGUUGUCAGUGUUUUUACAGAAGAAGAAGACAGUUUUGAUUUCAUUGGUGGAUUUGACCCAUUCCCUCUCUACCAUGUCAAUGAAAAGCCCUCAAACCUUUUCUUCAAGCAGACAUACCUGCCUGCGUAAGUGACAAGGAUCCAGAGUCUGGACAGACUGAAACCAUCCAUACAGAUUCAUCCCCAAAUGCCAGAUGUCCCAGAUGCAAAGAGAUGGGAAACACAUUCCACUUGAAAGAACACAAAAACAACAACACACAUGCAGAUAUGCACAUACACAACAAGAUGACCGGACUCCGACAAGUGGGCAUUCAGACCCAAAUAUCGUUUUGCUGGCCAGCCACUCAUGCCAAUGUCUCUUCAAUGUGCUAGCUCAUUAGUGGACUUGCAGGUUUUGCUGUGAAUGAAUGAAUGAAUGAAUGGGGGAGGAAAUACUGUUUCCCUUCCCCACCCCACUCCAUUGAGAAUCAGAAGAAGGUAUUUGGAGAAUCUCCACUUGACUCUGUAGCACUCAUCUUUCCCAGGGACGCCCUUGAGUGUGGUUCCUUUCCAAGGUAUCAUUGCUUUCACUUCGUUGUGACAAAUGGACUGAUCCAGUAGAGACUGGUGCUCAUUCAGGGUGGAAGACAGGGAGGCCAACAGUAGGUGGCGCUAGAGAGCAUAGCUGAGCCAGUGACAGGCAGGGCCAACUAAGUCUGCUUUUGUCCCCACCCUCUUUCUCUACAGUUCUUCCCACUCCCCCAAACUCCAGACCCACUUCAAACUGUUUCACCUUGCCGUUUCCCAUAAUGGACAAAGUGUUGGUUGAAUUUACAAGUUACUUGGUGGUGGUGGGGUUUUUUUUAGAUGUCAUAGGAAAACUAUUUAGAACCCAAUUCUAUGUUAUUCUGUCUCUCUGUACCCUCAUCCAUUAAGGUCUGCAGAGAUGUGGAGAACUAUGAUGUCUGUCAGCCCAAGCAGGCAUAACCAAUGACUAGGGAUGACAGGAGCUGCAGUUAAGCUAUAUCUGGAGGACCAAAGGUUCCAUUCAUAUGGUCUAUCACUUGGGUGGUUACCUGGCAAGCCCCUUUGCUGGAUCCAUCCUCCAAAGCUAUUUUUAGCUGGCUUUCAGUGGGCCUACCUCAUUGUAACUGCAAUGCUGUACAAAGCUACCCCGCGGUUUCAAAAAGGAUGGGGGGGACACCUGAGUUUCUGCACUUGUAACAAGACAUCCCACACUUAGUAGAUCUCCACAAACAUAUAGAUCGUCCGUGGAUAUCAUGCGCCAUGGCAGGUUUCUCAAGCCUUUCGUGCUAGAAGGAUCCCGAGAUUGAUCUUUGUCCGAAUGUUAGCUUCAUUCUUGUGGUCUUAUAAAGGGAUUAGAUAAAUUCAUGGGUGGCUAUGUCCAUGACAGCAGCUGCCAGUCAUGUCGGCAUUCCUCCAGGCUCAGAGACAGCUUGCCGGUGAGUUCCAGUUGCUGGGGGUCAACAGAGAAGACUAUUUCCUUCACGCCGUGCUUGGGGGCUUCUCAAAGGUCUCUGAUCAGCCAGUGUGAGCAACAGGGUGCUCAGCUAGAAGAACUUUUGGACUGACCUAAGCAGAGCUCAACUUAUCCCAUUGUCCACAGAAAAAGUCACGUGCCACAUAUAUUGCGGCUGAGAGUUUUCUCUUGUUCUUUCCCUUCUGUAUAACAGCCCCCUCCCCAAACCGAUGGCUCCAUCUCUCACCCUUUCCCACUGUCCUUGCACUACUGCUCCUUCUCUACAAUUCACACCUACUCCAUGCCAUGUCUACCUGCUGCCUUCCAUCCUCAUCCCAGAACACAAUCCCAUGCUGAAGCUGCUCUUGGGUCUCCUUCAGUCGUCAAUGCAACUUUUUAGCUUCCCUCUUUUUUUCCCAAUUAUUACUUUUUGGAUCCCAUGGAUGCCAUCGCGGAGCAGAACACACAUGCACAUUCUCCUACGUCAGCUCUCUCUCGAUUUGCGACCAUGCCCACCGACAAUGUCCUUUGUGCUAAAUGGGGACGGGGAGUCGACUUUAUUACACAACUUGACCACUUGCGAAGGUCUGAGCUCUGGACCUGUUGUCUGCAAAACCAAGUGGCCUUUUGGGAAUACUGAUGCAUAGCAAGGCGGCAAGUGUUUCAAGCAAAAGGGCGCCUCUCUGCAGAAUUCUUCCAUCUGCUGUGAUGCCAAGACCCUGCAUCUGUCACAGGCAACCCACAUGUGCCUUUAAAAAUAAAAAAAUAAAAAGUUAAUCUGCAACAGUCAUAUCGCAAGGACUUUCCAGAUGCUAAAAAGGAGGAAGAGACAGACACUUGUUCUUAACAUUCUUCUCUGGGGUUGAGAAGCCAGGCGACCGAUGCUCAAAUAUGACAUUGUGUGAAUCGGAUUGUGGGCCAAGAGCCGAGUCAAGUUUCAGGACUCCCUUCUUCUCAGCCUUGCAAGAUAGCUAUGUCCUGCCUCUGCCACAGCUGGAGGCAGGGAUGCUUCUGAAUACCAGUUGCUGGAAACCACAAGAGGGUACAGUUACUCUUGUGCUCAUGUCCGGCUCCCUGGUUUCCCACAGGCAUUAUGGUUGGACACUGUGAGAACUGGAUGCUGGACUAGAUGGGCCAUUGGCCUUAUCCAGCAGGCUCUUCUUGUGUUCUUAAGAGCGAAGAUCCACACGUGUGUCCACAGCCCACAUCCACAGGCAGACAGCUUCUGCCCUCUCCCCUCUCCAUUAAGCCAUAUAACCUAUAGGGUUCUGCUAGUGACCAUGAGCCAUGACUUGCAUGCCUGCACCUCUGAAGAGGACUACAAUGGUCCAAGGAGAAAGCAUGAAGGAAACACACAAGCAAAUCGUCAUAGUGGCACAGGACGCAAGUGUGCCAAGGAUCGGGACCAUCAUUCAGCCCAUUGCGUUGGUUUGGUUGAGCAGACAUUUCCAUGUGAUCUGGCCUGGUGUUCUGUGAAGGACCCCAUGGUGGAGUCCUCUAGAAGACAGUAGGAGGUUUUGGUUUGUUUGUUUUUAAUUAGCAUGAUUCUCUCUGUUCUUUGUUACUGUUCUAAUAAAUUAAUGCUUUAAAUACACA